UCUUCAUCUUUACCUUCAACAAAACGAACAAACACGCUAUAUUCUUCUGUCUAAAAACAGCCAUUAACAAAAUUUUUAUUCAUUUUAGAAUUGUCUUACUUGUCUACUCUUUUCAUCAUUCCAAUUCCAAUUACUUCUCUCACAUCUCAUUCUCCAACCCACAUGUAAUUCAUUUCAUCCUCCACCCCUUUGCUGGGUUCUUUUUUGCAUCUCUCCCACCGGUGUUCUGUUUAAUUUGUAAAAUAACUGUUUUUUUUUUAAUUUUUAUAAUUCAGAAACCAUUCAGCAACUGGGUCGGUGUUUAAUUUGUGAAAGAACUGAUUUGGGGGGUUGUUAUUAUUAUUAUUAUUAUUAUUAUUUUUGCAAUCCAGAACCAUUAAGCAACUGGGUCGGUGUUGAAUUUUCGUGGCUUUGUGUUUGAAUCGAGAAAGAGUUGUUUUUUUAACCGAUGAUGCCAGCUUCAACGAUUGAGCAACAUCAAGAAGAAUCAUCAAGCAACGGUGUCGUUUCGGGGAGAUCUGGUCGUUUUGCAAACCUUAGAGGCGUUCAAUGGCGUGUUAAUCUUGGGAUAUUACCCCAUUCUUCUUCUUCUUCAAUUGAUGAUCUCCGUAGAGUCACGGCUGAUUCUCGAAGAAGAUAUGCUGGCUUAAGAAGGAGCCUACUUGUUGAUCCACACUUUCCCAAGGAUGGAAGUAAUAGUCCUGAUCCUGUCAUGGACAAUCCGCUUUCACAAAAUCCAGAUAGCACAUGGGGUCGCUUCUUUCGAAAUGCUGAGCUGGAAAAAAUGGUUGACAAGGACCUAUCACGAUUGUAUCCAGAACAUGGGAGUUACUUUCAGACACCUGGAUGCCAAGGCAUUUUAAGACGGAUCUUGUUAUUGUGGUGCCUUAGACAUCCUGAAUAUGGUUAUAGACAAGGAAUGCAUGAACUUUUGGCUCCUUUAUUAUAUGUUCUUCAUGUUGAUGUGGAUCGUCUUUGUCAAGUGCGAAAGGAGUAUGAAGACCACUUCACUGACAAAUUUGAUGGUUUAUCAUUUCAUGAAAAUGAUCUUACAUAUAACUUUGAUUUCAAGAAGUUUAUAGAUUCCAUGGAAGAUGAUUUUGGAUCCUGUGGAAACUCAGCGAAAGUUAAGAGCCUUGAUGAGCUUGAUCCUGAGAUACAGACAAUUGUAUUGCUAAGUGAUGCUUAUGGGGCUGAAGGUGAACUGGGCAUUGUUUUGUCUGAGAAAUUUAUGGAACAUGAUGCUUACUGUAUGUUUGAUGCUUUAAUGAGUGGAGCCCAUGGUUUGGUUUCUAUGGCAGAUUUUUUUGCUCCCUCCCUUGCAGGUGGGCCCCUCUCUAGCUUACCUCCUGUCAUUGAAGCUUCUACUGCGUUGUACUAUUUGUUGUCAAUUGUUGAUUCAUCUUUACACAGCCAUCUUGUUGAGCUUGGUGUCGAACCUCAGUAUUUUGGAUUACGCUGGUUACGGGUCUUAUUUGGACGGGAGUUUUCACUUGAAGCCCUAUUGAUAAUAUGGGAUGAGAUAUUUGCAUCAGACAGUGGUAAAUUAAACAAAAGUGUUGAAAAUGAUGAAGACUCCAGCUUUAAAAUUCUAAGUUCACCGCGGGGGGCAUUAAUAGCAGCUAUUGCAGUUUCCAUGAUGCUUUAUUUGAGAUCAUCUCUGCUUGCCACUGAAAAUGCAACUUCCUGCCUUCAGAGACUGUUGAAUUUCCCAGAGAAUGUAGACCUAGGCAAAAUUAUAGACAAAGCAAAAUCUUUACAGGCUCUUGUUCUGUAUACUAAUACUUCAUCAUCGCAUUCUUCAUCCUCCAGAACUUAUAACUUGAGUAAAUCAGCAGUGGCUAGAAGACCCCGCCUUCCAUCUGACUCUGUUUCUCCAAGCACUCCUUUAAGUGUUGUACCUGAUAGCUACUGGGAAGAGAAGUGGAGAGUUCUGCAUAAUGAAGAAGAAAAAAGACAAGGUAGUCCCGGAAAACAACAUCCAGCAAAGAAAAGAGGAUGGUCGGAAAGAGUAAGACUGAGCCUCUCUAGAACAGAAUCUGACCCGUCUUCUGCCAAGGUUGUUAAUGGCAAACAGGACCUGAAGUCAACUGUUAGGCGAAGUUUGCUAACGGAUCUGUCACGGGAACUAGGCUUGGAGGGUGAUAAUGAGAAAGUCCAUUAUUGUGAAGUUUCAACUGUGAAGGAAAAACACUCUGUUGAAGUUGAGGGACAAGAUGGUGCCAUUAAGGACUUUACUGGCACAUCUGAUGACACAUGUGUGAAUGGAAAUGUUGGCUGUGAGGAAAACUCCUCUAUAUUCUCAGAUCCAGCAAGUUCAGUUUGUGGUGCGCAUGACAAUGAAAAUGACUCAGAAAAAAGUAGUGUUGCAUCAAAUUCAUCUGUUUAUGAAAAUGAUGGACAUCCCCAAACUGUCUCAGAUGAUCCACCUCUUCCUGUCUCCCAUAAUCCUGAUGAUGUUUGUCAAGAUUCUCAAAUGGGCCAUGACUCUACAGAAACAUCAGUGAAAGGUCCCAAAGAGCGGAAGCUCCUUUUUGGUAAAAUUCCUUGGGUUUGGAAAUUUGGACGGAAUGCUUGUGGAGGUGAGGAGUCAUCUGAAAAAGGAGGAGGUGCUAUUGAGACUAAGAAUUCUGCCAAUGUUGAAGGUUAUCAGAACAAUGCAGCAGACUCUUCAGAUUCUGAAGGGUCUUUUAAGUCAUCCACAAGCAGCAGACUAGAUACUGUGGACCAGAAUGUGAUGGGGACUUUGAAGAAUCUUGGGCAUUCUAUGCUUGAACAAAUACAGGUAAUCGAGUCAGUCUUCCAGCAAGAUCGGGGUCAGGUAGGGCCAUUAGAAAACUUAUCUAAAAAUAUUAUUGUUGGCAAAGGACAAGCUACAGCCAUGACAGCGCUCAAAGAGCUCCGGAAAAUCAGCAAUCUGUUAUCAGAGAUGUAAGGUUUGCUUUUAUAUAUGUGUAUCUGUAUAUACAUUUUGUAAUUACUAUUUUUUUCUAGUGAGAAAUAAAUAAGAAUUUUUGCUCUUUCUUCCA